AUGUCCAGCAUUACAUCGAAGACUUCCAAUCGGAAGGAUUCGUUUGAGCAAGCUUCCAAAGAAAUACCCUCUAAGUGGCAGGGUUUCAAAGAUUCAUUCAAGAGAGCAGAGUCCUCUUCGAGCCCAACAACGCAAAACCUCACAGAUGUAGAGAAGGCAAUUGAGCAGACCGCAAAAUCUCCUCUUAAGAAGAACCUUAAGAAGAGACAGUUGCAAAUGAUUGCGAUAGGUGGGGCCAUCGGAACAGGGUUAUUCAUUGGUUCAGGAACUGCAUUAAGAACAGGGGGACCUGCAGCUUUACUAAUAGGAUGGGGAAUAGUGGCAACUUUCUUGUAUUGUACAAUGCAAGCUAUGGCUGAAUUAGUUGCACUUUUCCCUGUGUCAGGUUCCUUUUCAACAUAUGCUACCAGAUUCAUUGAACCUUCUUGGGGAUUUGCAGUUGGUUGGAAUUAUGCUAUAUUCUGGGUUAUCGUUUUACCCUUGGAAUUGGUUGCAUGCUCGUUGACCAUUAAAUUUUGGGAAUCAAGUAUUAAUUCGGUUGCAUGGGUUGCAAUCUUUUACGUUUUCAUUAUGGUUCUCAAUUUAUGUGGUAAUAAGGGAUUCGGUGAAGCUGAAUUUAUCUUCUCCAUAAUUAAAGUUGUUGCCAUUAUCGGAUUCAAUAUAUUAGCUAUUGUCAUUAUUUGUGGUGGUAGUCCAAAGGGCGGUUACGUUGGCGCCAAAUACUGGCACGAUCCUGGUGCAUUCACUGCUGGAUUCAAGGGUGUGGUGACAGUGUUUAUUACUGCAACAUAUUCAUUUGCUGGGACCGAAUUAGUUGGAUUAACCGCCGCUGAAUCCGAAGGAAACCCUAGAAUUGUCUUACCAAAGGCCAUCAAACAAGUUUUUUACCGUAUCAUUAUAUUUUACAUGCUUACUCUUACAUUGGUCGGUUUCUUAGUUCCUUCAAACUCCACAGAGCUUAUUGGAUCAUCAUCAGACUCCCUGGCAUCUCCAUUCGUCAUUGCAAUCAGGAAUGGUGGAAUUCAAGCCUUACCAUCUAUAUUUAACGCAGUCGUAUUAAUCUCUCUUUUAUCAAUUGGUAACGCAUCUGUAUAUGGAUUUUCAAGAACUAUUGUUGCCUUGGGAGAACAAGGUUUGGCUCCUUCAAUUUUUGCAUACAUUGAUAGAGAAGGUAGACCAUUAGUUGGAUUUCUACUUUGUGCUAUUGUGGGGCUAUUAUCAUUUGUUGCUGCAUCUCCAGUGCAAAGUACUGUUUUAGCUUGGUUGUUGGCAUUGGCCGGUUUAUCCACCUUAUUUACCUGGUUUUCGAUCUGUGUUGCACAUGUAAGAUUUAGAAUGGCACUUAAGCAUCAAGGAAGAUCAACUGAGGAAUUACCUUACAUCGCCAAGACUGGAAUGUGGGGGUCAAUAUAUUCAGCUGUCAUGUUAGUUAUCGUUUUAUGCUUACAAUUUUGGGUUUCAUUAUACCCAAUUGGAGAGUCACCCAAUGCAUCAACCUUUUUCGAAAACUACAUUGGUGCUGUGGUCGUCUUGGUUUUCUAUGUCGGCCAUAAGCUUUAUACCAAAAACUUGAAGAUCAUAAUUCCGGUCAAUGAAUUGGAUAUUGAUUCUGGCCGUCGUGAUACAGAUCUUGAUAAAUUACAACAAGAAAUUCUAGAAGAAAAGGAAAAAUUAGCAGCACAACCAUGGUACAUUAGACUUAGAGCAUUCUUAUUUUAA